AUGUCUGGUCGUGGCAAACAAGGAGGCAAGGCCCGCGCCAAGGCCAAGUCGCGCUCGUCCCGCGCUGGCCUCCAGUUCCCGGUAGGGCGAGUGCACCGCUUGCUGCGCAAAGGCAACUACGCGGAGCGGGUGGGGGCCGGCGCGCCCGUCUACAUGGCGGCGGUCCUCGAGUACCUGACCGCCGAGAUCCUGGAGCUGGCGGGCAACGCGGCUCGGGACAACAAGAAGACGCGCAUCAUCCCUCGUCACCUCCAGCUGGCCAUUCGCAACGACGAGGAACUGAAUAAGCUGCUGGGCAAAGUCACCAUCGCCCAGGGCGGCGUUUUGCCUAACAUCCAGGCCGUUCUGUUACCAAAGAAAACCGAAAGCCACAAAGCCAAAAGCAAAUAA